GGAAAGUAUGGAUAAGAGGAUCGGAGUACUGCCGCUGAGUUUCGAUGAGGGGCGUCUUACUGAAGUCCUCAAGUUAUCGAGUCUAUUUUUAGGUUAAAUAACGUAAAAAUGAUACUGAUUGUAUUUUUGUAACUUAUCUUCCAAAGCGGGGCAGCUCGUAUUAGUUAGUUUAUUUCUUCUGAAUGAUUAUCCUGUGUAAGUUAUCUAUACCUAUUCAUGGCUUUGAUAGCCAGUGACCUGAACGGAACCGCUGCGAUUUAUGGGAGAGUUGGGUCAAGAAAAGACGUGAUUCAAGUCCCAGUGAACGGCUUUAAAACGAACAAAAUGCAACCCAAGGAGACAGAGUAUACUACAGAUGGGUUACCAAAAGCUUUUCUGCACAGCUUGAGGACUCUGUUUGACAUUUUGGACGACGACAGAAGGGGGUAUGUCCACAUCUCGGAGAUAGAGAGUCGAUGGCAGGGCGCAGACACCAGGGAGUUGCCCGGCGGAGUGCUCAGCUGCCUCAGGAGGGUCACUCCUCCGCAUGGCUGCCUCACCUUUGAGCGGUUCGUGGCCGGUCUGCGGUACUCCAUGCUGAACCCGGAGAACAGCCCCCACUUCAAGGCCCAGGUUGCUGUGCUCCCGCAGCAGGGUCCGAGGCAUCUCCAGAAACCCGCAGCCCCGUCCACAUGCUGCGUCGGACCUCGGGUGGAGAACAAAGUUCGUCCGCUGGGCAACGUGACAAACACCCAGCCGCACCGGGCGUCCUCCCUGCAGAGCCGGGCCCGUCCGGAGGAAGGGACGGGUUUCCCUGCAUGUGGACAAGCGCGGUACGGCGCGGGCUUCCAGAGGUCCGGGCGGAGUGUGGAACGGAUCCCCGUCGCUCCGCAGGAUUUGUGCUACCACGCCGACCCGGGCCAUGCUAGCAAAGCAACACAGCCGCAGCAGAGCAGAAUCAGGAACAUCGAGUCGCUUGCGCUGGAGUCUCCGCAACUCCAACCAUGUGUUACAAAAUCAGGUCUGCCGAGAUCGCAGAGUGAAUCAGCUACAGGAUUAACUGGUGGCUCCAGGCGACACGGACGGAGUCGAGAAGAGCACAGGAGGCACACCAUUUCCAACGGAGUGGAUUAUGGAAUGCUGAAGCAAAUGAAGGAGUUGGAGCAGGAAAAGGAUUCGCUGCUGUCAGGCCUGGAAGUGGUAGAGCGGGCCCGAGAGUGGUACCAAGGCCAAAUCCACAAUGUCACAGAGAGACAGCGGCAAGUCGGUCAAAGCUCUCACUGCACGGAGUUUUUCACAGAUGCCAGUCCCAGUCGCAUGAAUGUUCUCAUUCCCAAACUGCAAGAAGUCAAUCGCUGCCUUAAUGACCUGCUUUCCUGCAGUGGGAUGCCGUCGUUUCCCAGUGGCGGUGCUCAGACAGCAGUGCUCUCAGCGAACUCCCAGCCCCCGGCCCCAGCUCCUCCUCAAGCCAUUCAGAGACUAAAGGACCAGAACAGACUUCUCACUCAGGAGGUGACGGAGAAGAGCGAGCGCAUUACUCAGCUUGAGCAGGAGAAGUCGGCUCUGAUAAAGCAGCUUUUUGAGGCUCGAGCUCGCAGCGCACAUGACGCCAGCACCAUGGAUUCUACUUUUAUCUGAUUAGCUUCCAAAUCAUCAUCAGAGACGAUUCACUGUGCGGCCCAGCCAGCGUAUCUGUGCUGGUCUGAGGGAGAGCUGAGAGAUUUCUGUUUACCUGGCUGAACAUUAAUGGCAGCAAUGCACCUUUUUAGGAGCAGCACACUAAAAAGGGAGUCCAGUCAACUACAAGUCAAACCAAACGCUACCCGGACGUGAACACUCCUGAGCUGAGAACAAACUCCUCUUACACCGAAAAACAAGCGGACUCGUCAAAGCACGCAGGUCUCAUGAUCCCAAUCACUCCAUUUCUACGAAGAGCUGCAUCUGGAAGAUUAACACUCCUCCUCCUUAAGGACUUAUAUUUCUGCUGCUCAGCUGCACAAGGAACAAAACACAAACUUCACUGCGAGCAAAGCUCAGUUAAAAUGGAACAGAAGGCUGUUUGGACAGCGGGGAUGAUUUGGGGGGGAUUAUGUUGGAAUGAUACGCCAUACUCCAGCUAAUGCUAUCACUCAGUUGCUGUGACCUAUCAGUCAUUUUUUUAGUUUCAUACUUAUAUAUACAUAUAAUCGAUAUAGGAGAGGAAUGUUCCUUCACUUUUAGUAUUUCCUUCCUUUUGAUAUCAAAUUAUAUUUCUGUCUGGUUUUUGAAGUAACACAAACACAAAGAUAAAUCAGUAGAAAAUCUCUAUAUAUUUUAUAUUAGGAUGUUACAUAUUCAGACUUGUUUUGUACUUUGAGUCUUUUUCACACAUGAAGUUCAGAGGAACAUCUUAGAAUCGUAUUGAAUGCCUCCCACAUAUUUGGGUUUAUAAGCAGGAAGGCUUCUAAGUAACUUCCUAAAGGAGCAAAGAGGAAACUGACAGGUUCAAAUACUUUCCUGAAAUUAUUGAUGGACAAUAACAAAAAUAUAAAAAAUAUACAAAGUAGGACAUUUCAGUAGUAUGUCAUGAAGUUGAGCAAGACUAGACUGUAUUAAGAAAUCAAUCAGUCUGAAGAGUAAAAGCAUGAUGGAACAAUCUAUGUAGGACAUAAACUCAUGUUUUUAAAUACUGGACUUGUAUCUGCAUGGUUUGCUUAGAUUAUAUGUCCUUCACUGCAAGCACAAGUUAAUUAACUGGAAAUUUCUUCCUCUGGGGCCUCAUGAGCUCAUUAAUAUUUUAUUGCCACUCUGUUUGAAGGGCAGCUCUGAGAUGUUCCCUACUUGCUUUCUUUAGAAGGAUAACUUAAACUUUCAGUGCUGCGACGCAUGUGUGGAAAUGACUCAAGGUCAGCCUUCAAGCCCUUGAGAGGUGUAACACAAGAAGAUGAGGAGAAACCUGGAAGUUUGCAUGUGAAAGAAAGCUAUGAGAAUAAGUUCCAUAGAUGGUAAAUAUGUUGCAACAAGGUUUUGAUAUUAUACCAGAAGCAAAAAGAGCUAAAAAAAAAAACAC